AUGCAUUUCUUUGAGAAUAGUAAGGAUACGGAAAAUCGAAAGAGACUGUUGAGUGCCAAAAAAUCUGCUGGUAAUAGCAUGUGUUUUGAAUGUAAAAGUGUCAACCCGCAAUUUGUUUCCUGUAGCUUCGGGAUAUUUAUUUGUGUCAAUUGUGCAAAUCUUCUGAGAGGACUGGACACGAACAUGUUCUGUGUAAAAUCAAUCACAAUGGAUAGUUUUGAAGAAAGGGAUAUUCGAAAAGUGGAAAGGAGUGGAAAUUUCAGAUUUGGGGUCUUUUUGUCCAAAAAUGGCAUUCUGCAAAGUGGAAUUCCAUUAAAUGAAAAGUACGAUAAUUUGUUUGCUAAAAGCUAUAGAAGAAGACUAGCUAAUGGAGUGCGCCGUCACGACAUAAAUCAAAAUAUGUAUUUAGGCUUUGAUAAUUUUGAGCAGUAUGCAGAUGGGGCCAUACACCAAACAAGAGAUCGAGCAUUGAAAGAUAUUUCCGGAAAAACCAUCAAUUCUAAAGAAACGGAGUUUAUAGUCCUGGAUAAACCGCUAGGCACAGAAAAUUUUCAACAUUGCGAUGGAUUUUCCAACUGUAUGAGCUCCCGAAAAAACUCAGACGAGAAUAAUCCUGCAAUUGCCACAAGUACGUUAACAAUCGAAAAAUUUCAAAGCGACCCUAUCGGCACCAUUUCGAAGAGUUGGGUAUUGCUUUCGGAUGCUUUAUACAGAUCAUACGAAGACUUUAAAGGUUCUGUUGUUCAGCCUACAAUUGAAAAUAUUCAGCAGAGGAAUUUGUCGAAUGACCUAAAAAGAUCUCUGGUGCACUUUAAUGAAAAGCUACAUGAAACGCCCCAUUUACCCCACCAAAUAUUUUCCUGUUUCACCGGGGAAGACAUUUCUCCCCCAGAGUCCAAUUAA